CCGUUAGGUUAGAAGAUAAGACAUUUACACCGCCACUCUUACACACAUUACACUUACAUAAACUCAAACAAAUAAAUAAAGCUCAAUUCUAACUUAAAAGAUAAUCUGGCAGCCUGAAACCACGAACAUAAAACUAUGCGUUUCAUUGUCAUAAAGAAAGGAAAAGAAGAAGGUUAGAAGAUAAGAAAAAGUGACAUAUGAUGUUCUAACCUCUGAUCAAUAUUUAUAAAAUUAACCUCAUAAAACCGAUUACGUAACGUGUCACUCGAGAAUAGAUGUAAUAAACAUUUCUUACUUCCUUAUUUUGAAGAUUAGAAACUGAACUUUAUUUGAAAGAAUAAUCGUUGAUUUUUCUUCAUUUAUUUUUCAAGCUUUAGAUUUAUCUCAUGUUUUAACCGUUUUCUCAUUAAUGCACUUUUUUUCUUUCAAGCCUAAAGAUAUAUAUUUAUUUUGCAAUGUAAUAAUUGUAAAGAGUAUUAAAAAACACGUGAAGUUUUAUAGCGUAAGUCUUUAAUGAAGGAUCCUACAUUGUAAACACUAAAUAAUUCAUGAGAUGUAUUAUUUUGAAUGCUACAUUGGAGAAAAAUAACUUAAUUAUUGAAAAUAUCAAUUGACAUUUUAAUUCGGAUAUAGCACAUUCUGUGUUGUCAGAAGGAUUAUUUCAUGUCUUAUUGCUUAUCCAAAGAUAUUAUUUUUCAUAAAUAAUAAUUCGAAAUCGUCCAGUUAAUAAAUAAAACAUGAGUAUGGAAAAAAAAUUUAAUCUUCAUUUUGAAUUUAUUGAUACAUUGUCUUUAUGUAAAAAUGAUCAGAAGAUUCUCUCAAGCAAAUAAUUACUUUUUUAUCUAUAUAUUUAUAUAUGAUUGAUAUAUGAUGACAUAUAAUUUUUUAUAUUCCUCAUCAAAGUAUAUAUAUAGUAGGAGAAGCAUCUCUUCUCGAGCGUGUUUUAUGUAAGACGUGCCAGUUCGAUUUUGGCUGUGUAUAGCAAACGUAGUGUAGAGUAGUGUCAUCUUCAUUUCAUUCAAAGUGAUAUUUUUUAAAACGCGUCUAAACGCAAAAAAAUGGCUGAAAUAAGUCCAGAAGCACUUAAACUAUUUAGAUUUUGGGGUACCAUAUUGGCUCUAAAAGUGUUGGCUAUGCUACCGUUGACUGCGCAACAACGAUUUGGAAAAAAAAUAUAUAUGAAUGAAGAAGAUGUCACAUUUUUAGGCAAAGGCAAAGUGGUACUCAAUGAUCCAGAUGUGGAACGUGUACGAAAGGCACACCGAAACGAUCUGGAGAAUAUUCUGCCAUGGUUUAUGAUUACAUAUCUAUGGUUAAGUACUGGACCUUCUCUAUGGUUGGCUAAUGCAUUGAUGCGAACAUUUGUAAUUGCCCGAAUAAUUUAUACCAUUUCAUACCUUGUUAUUAAGAAACAACCUAUAAGAUUUUUAGUUUUCUUUGUAGGAUAUGGAAUUACACUAUAUCAAGCGUUUUCCACAUUGUUAUAUUAUUCCUAAUUUUAUAUAGAAAGAUCACUGUUGAUAAAAUUUUAUAUUACGUAUUAAUUAUUAAGAUGCUUAUUGAGCAUGAUAAUAAUAGGAGCAUUUACAAUAAGGAUGUUCAGAAAUAUAUGAUAAUAUAUAUU